AUGGCAGAUACCUCCCGGUGCUUCGUUCUUCCUGAUCUAGUUUCUUAUUGCCAGUUCCCCCUCCGUUGCAAUCCACACGGCGACGCCACGCAGACUUCUACCGGCUGGCUAACUGACAACUUUCCGGAAUUGUCAUCUGAGCAGCUCGCUGCGGUGCAUGCAGUCAAGGUGGAUUUGCUCUCAGCAUACGGCUACCCGGAUUGUGACACGGAACACCUGCGCGUGGCUGGUGACUUCCUUGCUAUCUUAUUCCUCCUCGAUGAUCUCACCGACACAAUGAAGGAGGGAGGGACAGAGCAGCUGGCGAACACUAUCAUGGAUGUAUUUAGGUCUGAGGGGAAAUUGAAUAAGCAAGAGGACGAGCAGAGAGUGCGCGAGAUAGCGAAGGACUUUUGGACGCGGUUUAUUCGCGAUGCCAAGCCUUGUGUCCAAACGCGCUUCAGAGAUAAGGUAGCGCUUUUCUUUAAAGCCGUCCGCCAGGAGGCUCAGGACCGCGAGCGCGGUGUACUUCCAGAUCUUGAGUCAUACAUCAUCAUGAGAAGGGACACGAGCGCGUGCAGACCUUCCUUUGACCUGAUCGAAUACACUAUGGGGAUCGAACUACCCCGUUAUGUCGUCGACGACCCUAUUGUCCGUGCUCUCAACCAAUCUGCGAAUGACCUGGUGGCGUGGAGUAAUGAUAUCUACUCCUUCAACAAUGAGCAAGCACAUGGCAUUUACAAUAUAAUCGUGAUCCUUAUGAAAUCACAAGGCCUAGAGAUGCAAGACGCGAUUGACCAUGUCGGCGACCUCUUCAAGCAGACUAUUGACGGUUUCAUGGAAAAUACGCAGCUUCUCCCGUCUUGGGGCGCGGCCGUUGAUGCCGACGUCCGAGUCUACGUUCAGGGAUUGCAGGACUGGAUCGUCGGUAACCUGCAUUGGAGCUUUGCUAGCGAACGCUAUUUCGGAAAGCGAGGCGCUGAGAUAAAGGCCACGCGUGUCGUGGAACUGCUGCCGAAGAAAUCAGUUUCAUAG